AACGCGAAGCUAGCUUCAACUUUCAACAGUCUCUGUUUCAAUCCUUGACCCGGCCCCCUACAUUCUUCCUCCCAUUUCAUGGCCAAAACGCCGGCCAAGCGCCUAAAAAUAACUGACAGCCACCGACAUCCGCCCCUCAUACACGGGCUCCCUGAUCAUAUCGCCCAACUCUGCCUCUCCCAUGUCCACCCUUCCUUGCUCUACUCCGUUUGCCACUCAUGGCGGCGCGUGCUUUACUCUCCUUCUUUUCCUCCUUUCUUCUCUUUGUACGCUCUGUUUUCUACGGAUCAGUGUCUUGCAAAUUCCAUCCACUUUUUUAGCUUUGAUCCCUUCUCCUCCAAAUGGGACCCUCUUCCCCCACCACCGCCGGACCCUCCUCUUCGUCUUCUCCACCGUCAUCCCUCUUUCUUAUCCCGGAAUCUCCCUAUCCAAUCAAUUUCCGUCUCGGGUCAUCUUGUCCUCCUAGCUGCUUCCACCCACGAUUUUUUUCCUGCCCUGUCUUGCCCUUUAAUCUUCAGCCCGAUUUCUCGUUCUUGGACGUUCGGUCCUCGGCUCGCUACUCCCCGUCGCUGGUGCGCUGCAGGGGCGUCUCGCGGCGUGGUUUAUGUGGCAAGUGGGAUUGGGUCGCAUUUUUCCAACGAUGUCGCCAGGUCAAUGGAGAAAUGGGACUCGAACUUGCAGCCCAAUAAGAUUUGCUAUGAAAAUCAUCGCCCCAAAUGGCGGUGGGAGAAGAUGAGGGGGCUCAAGGACGGAAAAUUCAGCAGAGACGCCAUUGAUGCAAUUGGCUGGAGAGGAAAGCUAUGUAUGGUGAAUGUAAAAGGGGAUGCAGCCAAAGAAGGCCUCGUCUACGAUGUAGAAAAAGACUUAUGGGAAGAGAUGCCGGAGGGGAUGUUAAUGGGGUGGAGAGGACCGGUGGCGGCCAUGGAUGAGGAAGUUAUGUACGUAGUAGACGAGAAAAAGGGUGUGGUAAGAAAAUAUGACGCAAAAACGGAUUCUUGGGAGGAUGUAAUGGAAUCCGGAAGGUUAAAAGGGGCACAGCAAAUAGCUGCCGGUGGCGGGAGAGUAUGCAUCGUUUGCGGCGACGGAGAGAUAGUGGUGGUGAAUGGGAAUAGGUAUAGGCCGUCUGCAGGGUAUUUAUAAAUCUAUAAUCUACUAAUAUCAAUUCCUGUUUGUGGAGGCAACCAAAAGAUCCGCACUUGUACUUGUGGGUCAAUUGGCUUUUAAGUUUUAAAGAAUAAUAUGUUUUUAAUUUUAAAAAUUGAGUUUAAAUUCCCUCACCUCAAAUAAAAUGAUGUAUUUUUA